AUGCUUGCCUUGGUAGAGGCAUACACAAAAAUUGUCUCUAAUUUCUGUGGAAGCGUUAACAUCAGUUACCCUUUUAGAUUAAAAACCCAGCCUCGAAGCUGUGGUUUUAAAGGGUUUGAGCUAGUGUGCGAGAAUGACCGUACAAUUUUUCCCAUGAAAUAUGGGAAUUUCUAUGUCCAAAAUAUCUCUUAUCUUUACCGAACGAUUCAUCUUCUAGAUGUGAAUCUUGUCAAGGACAAUUGUUCCAUUCCUCAUAGUUCCAUUCCUGUGUACCCUACUUCAGGACUCUAUGUAGAUAGCGAGAUGUAUCUGGUAAAUUACAGGAUGAAGAUGAACAACUCUAGGGUUUACAUCGAUGCUUCUCGUUGCACCAAUCGCUCUCCCUCUCCAACUCCACCUGCUAAUUUCUUUUAUUUUUUGGAUGGAGGAACAGCACCGUCUAAUUUCCAUCAGUCAUGCACAGUUGAAGCCCAGGUUCCGAUCAUGCUUUCUAAUAUAACGGGCCUCUCUACUUUUGAUAUUUACGAAAUGCUGAUGAUGGGCGUCCACCUCUCCUUUGACACUUACGCUUUUACCGGCUUCUUGGUUUGGAACUCGGUUGUUAACGUGUGA